UUUUUUAUUUUAUUUUAUUUUAUUAUACUUUAUCAUUUGAUCUUACUUAGUUGAUAUAUGAAUCACAAAAAACGAUCAUCUGUUUCUAAACUUCGAUUUAUAGAUUUAGCCCAAGCAGCAUUAGAAGAAGCAGAUCUAGAAGAUGAACGUAAAGGGGUAUUGGAAGAAGUGGUAGAAGCUUUGAUCAGUACUACCGGUGCACCCAUGUUAUCCGAAGUCAUUAAUGCUCAACUGGCAAGUCAAGAUGUGAUUGAAAGAACAGCAGAACAACACUUUUUACAUAAUACAGAACGAACAAACAAUAAUAAUAAUAAUGACUUGGGACCUAUCGAUUUUAAAGAACAUGAUGAUCCAGCAACUUUAUUACCUCCAUCACCACCACCUGAACCUUCUUUUUUAUCUUCUUCUACUUCUUCACCAUCUACUUUAUCUCCAUCCUCAUCCUCUUCUUCCAUUGUAUCUUCCAUUAGUUAUUGGCAGUCCACUUAUGUUAUUGGGAACUAUCUUUGGCGAAUGUUUAGGAUUCUUAUUUUAGCUAGUUUAGUUGCUCUUUUUUAUCAGUUUUAUUUACAUCAUCAUCAACAAUAUUUUUAUUUUAUUCUUUGGAACUAGUUUCAUCAGCUCCUCUCCUUCUCCUUUAUUUUAUCUUAUACAUAUUCCAUAUUCCAUAUCCUUCUAGGUUAGUGAAAGAUGCCUCCAUAUACUCC